GGGGGCUGAGGCGCCCGCCGCCUGCCGCGGGGCCGCGCACGUCCUCCAUGGAGGCCGGAGCUGUCAUCAGAAACCCGUGUGGAAGUCAGAGAAUACUGGAAGCACUUGGAGGGUCGGCCCAAAUGAACAUGCAGCUUCAAGUGAAUGAGGAGCCGCUGCUGCUGGCCGAACUCAAGCCCGGGCGCCCCCACCAGUUUGAUUGGAAGUCGAGCUGUGAAACGUGGAGCGUCGCCUUCUCCCCGGAUGGUUCCUGGUUCGCCUGGUCUCAAGGACACUGCAUUGUCAAGCUGAUCCCCUGGCCGCUGGAGGAGCAGUUCAUCCCUAAAGGGUUCGAAGCCAAAAGCCGAAGCAGCAAAAGUGAUACAAAAGGGAGAGGCAGCCCAAAGGAGAAGACGCUGGACUGUGGGCAGAUUGUCUGGGGCUUGGCCUUCAGCCCGUGGCCUUCUCCACCCAGCAGGAAGCUCUGGGCACGCCACCAUCCCCAGGUGCCAGACGUCUCUUGCCUGAUUCUUGCUACGGGGCUCAACGAUGGGCAGAUCAAGAUUUGGGAGGUACAGACAGGGCUCCUGCUUUUGAAUCUUUCCGGCCACCAAGACGUUGUGAGAGAUCUGAGCUUCACACCCAGUGGCAGUUUGAUUUUGGUCUCCGCAUCCCGAGAUAAGACUCUUCGCAUCUGGGACUUGAAUAAACAUGGUAAACAGAUUCAGGUGUUGUCGGGCCACCUGCAGUGGGUGUACUGCUGCUCCGUCUCGCCAGACUGCAGCAUGCUGUGUUCUGCAGCCGGAGAGAAGUCGGUCUUUCUGUGGAGCAUGCGGUCCUACACAUUAAUCCGCAAGCUAGAGGGCCACCAGAGCAGCGUGGUCUCUUGUGACUUCUCCCCCGACUCUGCGCUGCUCGUCACGGCUUCUUAUGAUACCAACGUGAUCAUGUGGGACCCCUACACCGGCGAGCGGCUGCGGUCCCUCCACCACACCCAGCUCAACCCCCCUAUGGAUGACAGCGACGUCCACAUCAGCUCCCUGAGAUCCGUGUGCUUCUCCCCCGAAGGCUUGUACCUCGCCACGGUGGCGGAUGACAGGCUCCUCAGGAUCUGGGCCCUGGAACUGAAAACUCCAAUUGCGUUUGCUCCUAUGACCAAUGGUCUUUGCUGCACAUUUUUUCCACAUGGUGGAGUUAUUGCCACAGGGACAAGGGACGGCCACGUCCAGUUCUGGACGGCUCCUCGGGUCCUGUCAUCACUGAAGCACUUAUGCCGGAAAGCCCUCCGAAGUUUCCUCACAACGUACCAAGUGCUAGCACUGCCAAUCCCCAAGAAGAUGAAAGAGUUCCUCACGUACAGGACUUUUUAAGCCGGUUCCAUAGUCUUGUUUUCUUCGUAGCAGGAUAACUCUUCCUGACAAGUAGCUGGAAAAAUGGGCCAAACAUCUGGUCCUGGAUUGAAAUAGAAUUUCUCUUUGGGAUUGUGAACCGAAUGUAGCAAAACCAGAUCCCAGUGGACUCGCCAGGAGUCUCUUCCCCGUGACGUGUGAGAGUCAGUCAUAGAGGAGGGAUUCCACUUCCGCAGUGACAGAGCCUGACCUUAACCUUCAGUCCGCUUAACGCACAGCAGUGCUGGACCCUCUCUGGUCAUUUUGAUUCCAAGUGCAGUUACGGACUUGUUUUGCUGAGGAGCACCUGGGCCUUGAGCCUCUCUGUAGCGGCAGAGAAGUUUCCACUCCCUCAACUGGAGUGCGGCUUCUGCCGAGUGCCCGUCAUUGAUCCAGAUGCAGAGGAGGCUGUGGUGAAAGUUCUCUCCUGCUGGGCAGAAUGGCUUUGAUGUGGGCAAGGGCUUUCCUCCCUCCUUCCUCUGGCUCCCCUCUGACCCACAGGACAGUUUUCACAGAGCCGGCUGGUGUGCGGUAUUACUUAGCUUAACUCAAGUCCAGGUGACUCAGAGGCUGUGCUCCUGAUACAGACACUAGACUUGGCUUUUUUUUUAAAAAACAGUGGUGUGCAUGUGCCAGGGGUGACCAAUUUUGUGUGUCAGGUUACACAGGAUGUAUUCCUCAAGUGCAUGACUGUUCCAGUGGCUACUAUCUGUCAGUUGUUUGCCAGUUAGCAUAUUUAUUUGUAUUUUCUCAACAGAUGUUAAGGUACAACUGUGUUUUUCUCGAUGGUAUCUAAAAACCAUAGUACUUAAUU